GGCAGCCCGCCGGGCGGGCGCGGCCGCGCGCGCGGGGCGGAUGGCGGCGGGCAGCAGGUGCAGCCGAGACCACAGCCCGCUGCAGGGCGGCAGGGCGUCGCCGCCGAACAGCAAGAGGGACACGCUGGCGCAGCUGGCGGAGGAGCUCGCCACCGCCAACAAGCAGGCCAGGGACGCGCCCAGAACCCCCGCGCAAGAAGACGUGCUGAGGCUCGCGCUCCUCUCCAAUUCGAGCGGCUGGAGGCCUGGAACGCAGGGCUCGCUGGUCGUCUCGCCCGUCCCGGGCUCGGGCAUCGCAAGGGUCGACGUCGACACGACCCCGUGGGCGCCGUCCCGCGACUCGACGCCGCGUGGCUCGAAGGCGCCGCCGGGGCAGCGCCUGCUGCCGGACGCUCUGCGGCGGCAGCCCGCUGCCGACGGCCGGGAGCCCGCCGAGCCGCGCGAGGCGCGGUCGCCGC